AUGUUUUUUUCGGAAUCAGGUCAGUUUUGCUCAACUCAGAUUUCGAAUAAUUAGUGAUUAUUCCAGAGAUGUUCUUUUCAUAAAUAUUAGGCCACGGAGGUAGGAAUAUAAUUGUUAAACAUCAUAAUUCAAUUUUUCCUUUUCCUCCUUCCUAUCUACGCUCUCAAGCCAGGUUUUGGAAUUGUUCUAGUUACAGGUAUGCCUCGCAUAUACCUCGGUAAAAUCCCAUAUAAUGCGCGUGAGCGUGACAUCGAACGUUCCUCAAAGGGUACGGAAAAAUCACUAACAUCUCGAUGAAAUAUGGAUUUGCCUUUGUCGACUUCGAAGACACCCGAGAUGCUGAAGAUGCGUGCCACGAUUGGAUGGAAAGACUAUGGGCGAUAGGUAUGAUUGGAGACGUGCUUUUUGAAUUUAAAAUCCGAAAUUUAUAGUUCCAUGCGCGUCAUCGUGGAAAUGGCCAAAGGAAGACCGCGCGGAAGUGAUGCAUACCGUUCGAGAUCUCCGAGACGUCGUUCUCGUUCUCCAAGACGUCGUUCGCGUACUCCACCGAAACGCCGUUCCCGCAGCCGUUCUCGCGAUCGCAAGCGCACUCGCAAAUCUCGCUCGAGAAGCUCGUCGAAAUCCAAAUCUCCAGUUCGUGGAAGUCGCCGCAGAAGCGAAUCGCGCUCGCCGAGUCCAAAGCGUGAAGUGUGAGUUUUCUCUCUAUUUUUAAGUUUAUACGACGGUAGCAACCUCUCGUACCGUUUUAGCUACAAUUCACUGACAAACCAAUGUCACCUACAAGCACAAUUGACAAUGGUCACCUAGCUGAGACACAAUCAAAGCACAAUGUGGUUCAUCCAUUUCCAACCUCAUCCCGCUCAGUCCCCGCAGCUUCCCAAAACCGCAGUUUCAAUUAAAAGAGUGAGGUUAACACCUUUAAAACAGAGUUCCGUGCUCAAUCGCGAUUCGCGUAUCUGGCGCAGUACUGACGAUGGAAAAAACACGCACAUCCGCCUUCAGGGAGCUUUUUCAUCCACUUGUUUUCAGGAAGCGUGAAGUUUCGAAGUCUCGAUCCCGUUCGCCGCCUCCGUCUAAGGAUCGCAGCAGAAGCGCGUCCCCACAGAAGGUAUUUUCAUUGCAAAUGUAGCAGCGAUAUCUGAGCUGUUUUAGAAUGGUCGUGGUGACACAAGCCGCAGUGGAAGCCGUGACCGCAGCCGUGGAGCCAGCCAUGAUCGCAGUGUUUCACGUUCUCCGUCUCCAAGAUCUCCAAAAGAAUGA